UUUACUGUCAAUAACUGACAAUUGUUAUGGAGAAAUAUUUAUUUAAUUUAUUUUACAUUAGUUAUGUAAUGUGAUUGAGUUAAUUCAGUUAUAUUACGGUCUGUUUGACUCUAUUCUGAUUGGCUGGAAGGUGUGUGUUUAAACAGUAGUUCCAGUUAGUUUAAUGAUCACAGACAUGCUGCUAUCAUUGAACUUGAAGCACACUAUGAGGGGAUAAUAUCGCUGUUUUUGAUUAAUUAAAUUUGCAGUUCCACUCUUAAUAGAAGCUCACAGAUGCAGAAAUUAACGCAUGCAAUCUCUCUCUCUCACACACCUUCAUUUAAAUAUAUGUAAUCUUACUACACUGCGUUAUCUCUGUCUCUGAUUUAAAGCAGGGAGAAUGCUACUAACUACUAAUCACAACCAGAUUCUUCACACAAGACAUGAUGUAAACAAACAUGAGUGGAAAUCAAUGUGAAAUGUAAAUGUCAAAUCUUUUGUGUUUUUGUUUAAUCUCUCAUCAGCACCAGCAAUUCUACCCAUUCGGCUCAGCAGCAGGAGACACAAUAAAUGCUGCUGUUGAUGAUGGGAGCUCCUCAGUUAUUCAGCUGUUGAGUCCAUUUCUGUUCUUUGGCCGCACUUACCAGCAGAUUUAUGUGAAUAAUAAUGGACACCUCACAUUCAACGAGCCAUCAUCACAAUUUGUUCCCUACUCAUUCCCCGCUAGUAGAAACCAAGAUAUAAUUGCUGGUCUCUGGACUGAUCUUGACAACGGCAUGAGAGGUGUAGUUUCAUAUCAUCAGUACACCAGUGGAAAUGUUCUCACACGCGCCACUCAGGAUAUAAACACACAUUUCCCAAAUCUGAACUUCAGCGCUUCUUGGGUCUUUGUAGCAACUUGGGAUAAAGUCGCUUACUUCAGCUUAACCAACACAGAAACAUCCUUUCAAGUGCUUUUAAUUUCAGACCGUAAUUCUUCAUUUAUUCUGAUGAAUUAUGGUGAAAUUGCUGUAACAACACAUCGGGUGCAGGCUGGUUAUGACACGAUAAACUCCACACACUACAUAGUGAUCAAUGGAUCAGACAGUGGCAGCUCCAUCUCAAACCUCAAGAACUCCAGCAAUGUCAGUGUUUCAGGACGAUGGGCCUUCAGGGUGGAUGGUGGACAACAAAUCUCUGAAGUAAACCCCACAUUGUCAUCCACCACAGUCUCAACAGUGACUGCACAGCCAUGGACAGCACCAGAAAUAUUCUACCCAUUCGGCUUAACAGUAGGAGACAAAAGCAAUCCUGUUGAUGAUGAUGGGAGCUCCUCUGUUAUUCAGCUGUUGAGUCCAUUUCUGUUUUUUGGCCGCACAUACCAGCAGAUUUAUGUUAAUAAUAAUGGAUACCUCACAUUUAACCAAGCUUCAAAUGAAUAUGUUCCCUACUCAUUCCCCGCUAGAGGAAGCCAAGAUAUAAUUGCUGGUCUCUGGACUGAUCUUGACAACAGUGUGAGAGGUGUAGUUUCAUAUAAUCAGUACACCAGUGGAAAUGUUCUCACACGCGCCACUCAGGAUAUAAACACACAUUUCCCAAAUCUGAACUUCAGCUCUUCUUGGGUCUUUGUAGCAACUUGGGAUAAAGUCGCUUACUUCAGCUUAACCAACACAGAAACAUCGUUUCAAGUGGUUUUAAUUUCAGAUGGUAAUUUUUCAUUUAUUCUGAUUAAUUAUGGUGACAUUGCUGUAACAGAACAUCAAGUGCAGGCUGGUUAUGACACAAUAAACUCCACACACUACUUUGUGAUUCCUGGAUCAAUCAAUGGGAGCUCCAUCUCAAAUCUCAGGAACUCCAGUAAUGUCAAUGUUACAGGCCGAUGGGCCUUCAGGGUGGACAGUGGACAACACAACAUCUCUAAAGAAAUCACCACAUCACCCACCACAAACUCAACAGUCAUUGGAUUUCGAGUGAGACUUAAAUCAUUACUAGACCUAACAAACAGUACAAACACCAAUAUAGUUUUACAGCAAAUUAAACAGGAGCUGGUCAAGUACGGUCUUUCAAACAGCAUCGAGCUGAAAUUAAGAAAAGUGCAAAGGACGAAGCCAUAAUAUCAGUCU